AUUGCAGUGUUUUUCUUUCGAUACAUAUAUUUUUUCGUAUUAUAAUUUAAUUAUAAAAUUAUUUCAAUAUGGUUAAAAAGAAGAUUGACAAUCGUAUCAGAGUUAUGAUCGAAAAUGGUGUAAAAUUAGGACAUCGUACAAUGUUUAUAAUAAUUGGUGACAAGGCCAGGGAUCAAGUACCCAUUCUUUAUGACAUUCUAACGAAAUCGACCGUUAAAGCUCGUCCAAGUGUUUUAUGGUGUUAUAAGAACAAAGAUGAAGCCAUAUCCAAUCACGGUAAGAAGCGUGCAAAGAAAAUAGCUGCCGGAAAGAUUGACAUCAAUGAUGCAGAUCUUUUCGAUACUUUCCGAGUCUCUACCACCAUACAUGGUCGUUAUUAUUCUGAAACUCAUGCCAUAUUGGGUAGAACUUAUGGAGUUUGUGUUUUGCAAGAUUUUGAAGCCCUCACACCCAAUCUUUUGGCUCGUACUGUGGAAACAGUUGAGGGAGGUGGUCUCAUUGUAUUGCUUCUUAAAACGUUAUCGUCUCUUAAACAAUUAUUUACGAUGAGUAUGGAUGUACAUAAACGCUUCCGUACCGAAUCCCAUCAAACUGUUACUUGUCGUUUCAAUGAAAGGCUUAUACUUUCUUUGGCCGAUUGUAAGAGAUGUCUUGUUGUAAAUGAUGACUUAACCGUACUGCCAUUAAGUUCAAAAACCAUUAAUGUUGAUCCAGUAAAUCCCGCUGAAAUCCAUAAAUCGGAAAAUAACGAGUUUCUGAUUGAUCUUAAAGAAAGUCUAAGAGAUACUCCCCCUGCUGGCCCUCUGGUGAACCUUUGUAAAACAUAUGACCAGGCAAAGGCAGUGGCUCAAUUUAUUGAAGCUCUUGCUGAAAAACAAUUAAAACCACCCACAUCAUUGACUGCUGCUCGAGGUCGUGGUAAAUCUGCCGCCAUGGGUCUUUCAAUUGCUGCAGCCGUUGCUUUCGGUUACGUUAAUAUUUAUGUAACUUCUCCCCAUCCUGAGAAUUUAAUAACAUUAUUCGAAUUUGUAUUAAAAGGGUUUGAUGCUUUGGAAUAUCAAGAGCAUACAGAUUAUACAAUAAUACGUUCUACAAAUCCGGAUUACAAAAAAGCUAUUAUACGCAUUAACAUCACACGCUCAAAUCGACAAACAAUACAAUAUAUUGCACCAAAUGAUACGCAUCUGUUGAAUGCUGCUGAUUUACUACUAAUUGAUGAAGCUGCUGCUAUACCGCUGCCAUUGGUUAAGAAAAUGAUGGGUCCAUAUUUGAUUUUUAUGGCUUCGACCAUAAACGGUUAUGAGGGUACAGGAAGAUCGUUAAGUUUAAAACUGAUAUCACAAUUGCAAAAGGAAAAUAAUGCACCUCCACCGAUUAAACUCGACGAGUCCAUACGUUAUACAGAGGGGGAUGAUAUUGAAAGCUGGUUGAUAAAUCUCUUAUGUUUGGAUGCCACAACCACAGUACCAAACAUUAGCUCUGGUUGUCCCACUCCGGAUGCUUGUGAACUAUAUUACGUAGAUCGAGAUGCUCUAUUCUCUUACCACAAGGCAGCCGAAUCAUUUUUGCAUCGUUUAGUAUCGAUUUAUGUCGCAUCUCAUUAUAAGAAUAGUCCCAAUGAUUUGCAAAUGAUGAGUGAUGCUCCGGCUCACCACUUGUUUUGUUUGUUGGGACCCAUUCAAAGAAAAGAUCAAUUGCCUGAGAUAUUGGUGGUAGUGCAGGUGGCUUUAGAAGGUGAAAUAUCCUCACAAACAAUAACAGAUUCGUUGGGUAGAGGCAAAAAAGCAAGUGGUGAUUUAAUACCUUGGAAUGUAUCUGAACAAUAUGGUGAUAAAGAAUUUCCCAAAUUGGCUGGUGUAAGAAUUGUGCGCAUUGCUACACAUCCCAACUACCAAAGGAUGGGUUAUGGUAAAAGAGCCAUCAAAUUGUUGAGAGACUAUUAUGCUGGCAAAUGUACGGACUUAAACGAACACAUCAAUGAUGAUGAAAAUGGCAUUGAAGAGAUAGAAGAAGAACAAUUGGGUUUGUUAAAAGAACAAAUACGUCCUAAACGUAAAAUUCCCACAUUAUUAAAACGUUUGAAUGAAAGAUUGCCUGAACAUAUCGACUAUUUGGGUACUUCCUAUGGUUUGACUCAAGAAUUAUUAAAAUUCUGGAAAAACAUGGGCUUCGUGCCAGUAUAUUUAAGCCAGAAAGCAAAUGAUUUAACUGGUGAACAUUCCUGCAUAAUGUUACAUACGUUAGACAAAUCUGGUCUGAAUCAAAAAGUCAAUGCUGAAUGGCUGAGUCUUUACUACAAUGACUUCAGAAGACGUAUUAUCAAAUUACUAAGUAAAGCAUUUAGAGAAUUCCCCACAAGUCUGUCUCUAUCUUUGUUAGACAAUAAAUGUGUUAAAACUGCAAUGGCUGAACUAAAUAAAGAGACACUAGACGUCUACUUUUUGCCACACGAUUUACAACGCCUCGAAUCUUAUUCGCGCAAUCAAAUUGAAUUCCGUUUAAUUUUGGAUUUAACCAAUGACAUAAGUUAUUUAUAUUUCCAAGGUAAAAUUAGUGAUCUACAAAUUGAUGCUUUACAAAAAGCUAUACUUCUGGCAAUUGGUGUGCAAGGUAAAACUGUAGAUGGCAUAGCGGCUGAAUUAAAUAUGCCAGGAAAUCAAAUAUUGGCCAAAUUUUAUGACAUAAUAAAAAAAUCAUCGAAAUAUUUCUCCAAUGUUGUCGAAGGCCAUAUCGAAAGCACCAUGGUUAGUGAAACAAAACUAAAGAGAGGUGAAGACUUCGAACCCAUUUCAUUGUCACUCAACGAUGAGCUGGAAGAGACGGCCAAACAAAUAACUAAAAAGCAAAAGGACGAGCUUAAACGUCUUAAAAUGGAAAGUCUAAAAGAGUUUGCCAUUAAGGGCAGUGAGGAGGAUUGGUCAAAGGCUUUAUCGGGAAAAGAGAGCAAAUCCAAGUUGAUAUCAGUUAAAAGUGGUAUUAAACGUUUGGAUGAACCAUUGGAUUCUCAAACAUCUGAAGGCAGUAAAGAACCCAAAAAGAAAAAAAUGAAAUUUGGCAAAAAAUCAUUAAAUAAAUCUGUUAUUUAGGAUUAGACAUGUGUAAUGUAUUAUUUUUGAAUACAAAAAAAAAGAAA